AUGCCCUUCCACGCGGUGUACAUGUACCCUCGGAUGCCCGGAGGCAGCAGACAUCUGACCUUUUCCGAAGCUGCCGGCUCUGAGGCUAGUCUCAUCUCACGCGAUCUUUUGCUCUUGGAAAAUAGAACUCUUCCACAACCUGUAGAGUCACCGCAGGUCAAGGAAGCAAUUCGAAAGAAAAUGUUUUCAUUGUGGCUCAAUUGCCUUCUCAUCUUCGUACCCAUCGGCGUCUGGGCGUUUUGGUCUGAUAAAGCUCCCCUGGUCAUAUUCAUCACCAAUGCCCUAGCGGUGGUUCCACUGUCCUCUUUGCUCACUGGAGCUACUGAGAUGAUUGCAUCUGAUGCGGGCGAUACGGUCGGAGCUUUGCUAAACAUAACAAUGGGAAACCUCGUGGAGCUGAUUUUAUUCGUGCCAUUUAUUGCUCCCAUCAAGUCGUUUAAUGGUGCUGAUGUCCGCAGCAUCGCCCUCAAACAUAAUCAGAUCCAAGUCGUUCAAGCGUCAAUCCUUGGUUCAAUGCUUGUCAACUUACUGCCAAUUCUUGGCACCGCUCUAUGUGUCUGCGGAGUAUCGCAACAGGAGCCGGCCUUGGAUACUUCAGAGACUCAGCUCCUUGGCUGCCUCCUGUUUGUUUCCGUCUUUGUUCUUCUGACCGGUGACCAUACGUUUCAAGCACGCGAUGGCGCGAAUGAAGCCAUGUUGACAAUGGGCAGAGCUUCAUUCUUUGUGGUUCUGUUUAUUUACAUCUUUUAUUUCAUACAUGAACUGAGAGAGCAACACAUCUCUGCGAUCCGACACCAAGAUGUGGCGGACCUAGAAGAUGGCAGAGCGAUAGUAUCACCUGACCCUCCAUCAUCGUCUCGGACCCGUCGUCUUGAGGACUCCCGUUUGGGUAUAUGGAAUGGCACCAACGAAGUCCGCUGUGCUAAUACUGAUACCUUCGUCGAGCUCGAUAGCAUUGAUGGUUCCUCACGUUCCGCGUCCUCACGUGAGGAUAGAGAAUCAGAACGCGGAAGAAAAGAAAACAAGAUCGAACAAAGAGACAGCCGCGCGAGCUCUUGCGAUAGCUUAGAGUCGUUGAGCCGUCAGUCGCUUUGUCAUUCGACUGCGGAUCCUACUCACCUCAAUAGAAUCUCUCAGACUACUACCGGCGCUCAUCGAUGGUCUUUCUCAGAUAGAUUGCGCAUCUUCCAGACUAGUCGUUCGAAAGUUGCAACUCUUCGAGAUCGAGAAAAGAGCUCCCGGAGAUCCUUGGGACAAAAAGCGGUUUCCGUCAUCACCUUAAUCAUAAGCUCGGCCUUGAUGUCAAUGUCCACCGAGUUUCUCGUCGGAACCAUUGAUGACAUAACUCAUCAAGGCCAUCUGUCAGAGUCUUUUAUCGGCUUGAUAAUUCUGCCGGUCAUUGGGAACGUGGCAGAGUACGUCACUGUCGUGACGAUGGCGUCGAAAGAGAAACUAGACCUCGCCAUCGCGGUUGCAGCUGGGUCAGCCAUACAGAUCGCGCUUUGCGCAGCGCCCAUAACGAUCUUAGCAGGCUGGAUCAUGCACCGAGACGCAGCUUUUGAUUUCAGCUUGUUUGAAGCGGCUGCCCUCUUAGGCGCAGCCGCACUUUCCACACGGCUUCUGAUGAGCGAUGGGCGGAGCAACCUGAAGAUGCCGGGUAUCAAAGGAACACUCAUAAAGGGCAAUGCUAAUUCCGGAUAG